UGGUAUUUUUGUUCAAACAUGGCGGCCUCCGUUGUGACAGCGAGUGGUGCUACACUACUCGGUCGUUUGCUCGGACAAAUCCCUUCAAGGUUUCUCACGCCGUUCUCCCAGACAUCCUGUCUUCACACCAGUACAGCAUUAAACACCAAGAACUGGGAGAGGAAAAACCGCAUCUUGUAUCCGCCUCAGGAGAACGAUGAGCUCCGCAGACCAGCUGAGAUCUUUCAUUGCAGACGUCAGAUCAAGUACAGCAAAGACAAAAUGUGGUACCUGGCUAAGUUGAUCCGAGGCAUGACCAUCGACCAGGCCCUGGCUCAGCUCGAGUUUAACGAUAAGAAAGGAGCCAAAGUCAUAAAAGAGGUCCUUUUGGAAGCCCAGGAAAUGGCAGUGAGGAACCAUAAUGUUGAAUAUAAAUCCAAUUUGUACAUCGCCGAGUCGUUCGCGGGUAAAGGCCAGUACCUGAAACGGAUCCGUUACCACGGCCGAGGCAUGUUCGGCAUCAUGGACAAGGUGUACUGUCAUUACUUUGUGAAGCUUGUGGAGGGCACGCCUCCCACGGCGGAGCAGAGUACGCCGUUUGACCAGGCCAAGGGCUACGUAGAAGAGCUGAAGAACCGGACCAUCAUCUACUCUCUCUAACUUAAUAAUCCUACAAGAAGCGUUCUGUUUAUGUAAAUAGUACCGGAAUAAAAUGAUUGAAAA